AUGUCCCUACUCAAGAAUGAACACAACGAAAGCCUGGUUUUAUAUGAACGUCCUGAAAGAGGACCGAUAACGAAAACGACGUUUCAGAGGCGAUCCAAGAAGCUGCAAGAGCUCUCCAACGGUGAGGUAAGGGUCAGGGUCGACUAUGUUUCCAUCGACCCGACCAUGAGAACUUGGCUCAACCCUGGCAGAUCUUACAUUCCGCCGGUGCAAGUCGGGGCGGUCAUGCGUGCAGCUGGUAUUGGAAGAGUUGUCACCAGCAAGGCCGAUGGAUUUUCAGAAGGAGAUCUAGUUUUUGGCGAACUUGGAUGGCAAGAAUAUUGGCAAGGGUCAUCUAAAAGUGUUAAACGUCGAGAAAUUCCUCAAGGAGGACGAGAUAUAGAUCAUCUGGGUUUGUUGGGAGUAUCUGGUUUAACAGCCUACUUUGGAAUGUUCGAUAUCGGUCGUCUUCGAGAUGGUGAUACUGUCUUGAUAUCAGCUGCGGCAGGUUCAGUAGGGCUCAUAGCCACUCAAAUCGCUUUGGCUCAUCUUCGCUGCAAAGUAAUCGCUAUUGCUGGUUCCGUGGAAAAGUGUGAUCUAUUGAAAAAACUUGGAUGUCAUGAGGUUCUUAAUCACAAAGACGGGAAUUUCAAAACUAGAUUGAAACAAGUUGGGUUAAUCGACGUUUAUUUUGAUAAUGUCGGAGGAGAGAUACUGGACCAGGUCUUGACACAAUUAGCAGAUCAUGCUCGAAUAAUCCUCUGUGGAUCUUUGACGACUUACAACUCUCAAAGUCCUUAUGGUUUAACAAACACUCCUAAUCUCAUUUCUUCCAAAGCAUCCAUGACCGGCUUUAUCACUUUCGAUUAUGCCUCUCGUUAUCCCGAAGCAAGGGCGUAUCUCUCUUCCCUCAGGAACAUCGGUAAAUUGAGAUACGAUUACACCGUCCUUUAUCCUGUAGAGGGACAGAACGGUUUAAGUCGUUGUGUGGAAGCAUUGGAGCAAAUGUUCAGAGGUGAAAAUCUCGGUAAAACACUCGUCAAAAUUUCUCGGGACGAGGAUCACCCACGCAACUUGAAGAGCAGAUUAUAA